GAGCUAUAAAAUUGUGCAGCUGAAGCAUCUGUUGCAUUAGUUUAUUUCAUUUGAAAAUUGAAAGCCGUCGCGCUUGACACACAACUCGAAAAAUGUUCGUUAAAAAUCAUCAAUCAAAUCAGACAACGAAUGCAUUAUAAACGUGAGUUUUGAUGAAUCGAACGAAAUUAAGUGAAAAAUUGUGCAAAAAUUCGAUUUAAAUAAAAAGAAAGUGAACAUUUUGUGAAUUUCUUACAAAAAAAAAAUAUUUUUCGACUGAAAAAUACGUUAAAAAAUCCUUUGUUGCGCUAAGCAUAAUAGAAAGGAAGUGUCGACAGGUGUUCAAUAGUGUUGAGAAAUUUUUCUAAUUUGGGUGUGUGUUUUCUCUAUUGCGCCUUUUUCGUAACGAACAUAAGGCAAACCAAGCCAAAGAAAAACGAAAAUAAAACCAAAAAAUGAGCAUUCAACUAACAAAUACAACGUUCGAAGUGCGAAUAACACCGAAUAAACGUAAACGAGACGAUUUCAAAGAACGAAAGCUUCACCAUGGCAGUAACAAGGAGAAUAAUUUCAUGUAUAAUAAUUUUUUGGAAGUAAAAUCGAUUGCAGAAUUACUUGAAAAUAAAAGUUGUCCAAAUUCAAAUUCGAAUGGCUACAAUGCAAAUUGUAAUCCAUUUGAAAUUGUACGCAAACCACCGAAAAAGAAAAACCGAAAAGAUUUACCAGAAGACGGAUGUUUUGUUAAUCCGGCUUUGAAUUUAAAUGGGCCCGAACAUGUUGUUAAUCCAUUUGAGGUACGACGAGCAGCACCACUUCCAGAGGCCGUUCAUCAUUGCUUCGAAAAUACGGGACUUAAUAUACGUGGCGAAGAGAGAAAAGUCAACAAUCCAUAUGAAAUUGUACGCGAAGGCACAACAGCUGCUGCUGUUGAGAGUAGCAAUGGUAUUGAGAAUCCCUGUCUUGAGGUACCACAAGCUUCAUUGGCAAUUAACGUUCCAUUCACACCAACUGUCGGCCGUCGAAUCGACUUCAAAAAUAUUCCGAUCGAAGAUUUAACGCCUAGUUCGAUGCUCAAUCGCCAUUUGGUAUUUUCGCCCGUAAAAUCAGCCGUCAUUGAACCAUCCGUCACACCGAAGCGUACAAAUUUAUCGGUAAUUAGUGAAGAGGCGGUGGACAUAAGCAAAGAAUUGGAAUGCUAUCAAUUGGAAUUGGAAAAUAGUAUGAAUGAGGCAAAGGUAACAAAUAAGCGUGGCAAUAAAAAUUUAAUGGAUAUCAAACAAAAGAGUACAUUUGCCAAUCGAUUAAGCGCCGCUGGGGCUAAACCAGUUACAACGUUGGAAAUCACAGAAGAAGCUGAGGUUGCAACACCGACAAAAGUUGAAGAGCAUUCGUGUCAUGAUGCAAGUGGACAUAACGAAUGUCCUAAAUCGUCGACACCAAAAACACCCAACGAGAACUGCAUUGCAAAGUAUUCGCUGGACAAAUCGAUGGACAUUAAUGAAAAUCCCGAUGUUGUCUACGAGGAGGUUAAUGAAACCCACAUAAGCGAUGAGCCCGACACGAGCGAACAGGACGUGCAAAAUGAACAAUUGGAAAGAAAUCGAUGUGUGGAAGAUACGGAACUGUUCAAAAAUCCAGCUCCAUUUGUUCGCACUUAUCGUCGUGAUGUACGAAAACGGCCACCCACAGCCAAUGUGAAUAAUGAGCCGGACAAAGAGAUCAAAAAUGAUGAAAAACCAAAAGAAAAUCAUGAAGUGUUCAGCGGUAUCCGCAGUUCAAUUCGAAAAAGUAUACGAAAAUUGAUAAAUCCAAAUGCCGGCAAUAAGAGUAAAAACUCAGAAGAAACCACACCAACCAAAGAACAACCAAUCCAAAACCACCCUUCAUCGAACCUUCUCACCACCAUUAGACACAGUCUAAGACGAAAACAACCAAAACAACCAUUGGCCACAUCAACACCACGCCAAUCGUUGAACGAUAUUUCCAUCAUUGAUACGGCUGAACCCAGGGCCGUUUAUAAAGAUACCGUCUUUUCGGCCCGAGUUAAUCCAGUCGAUGAGGAUAUGCUGCGUCCAAGAACCAAUUUACGCAACAGUCUUCGACGAUCGAAACAUGCCGUAAAAAAUGUUUUCAAAAAAGCCACCGAAGACUAUGAAUUUAGGAAAUAAGAACUGAUUCCAAAUACAAAUUAUUAUAAGACUCAUUUUUUUAAUAGAUAUUUCGUUAGUAAGACUCAUUUUUUAUACAUAUAUAGUUGUUAGUAUGAAGCGGCUUAUUCGAAGAGGCCAUAAUCACAUUUCAUUUUUUUCCGAUAUGAACAGUUUUUUUUUCUCGAUUUCUCAUCAUUCAUCGCACAAAAUUACUCGAUUUAAGAUCACUUUUAUUUGCGGUUAUUAUUUAUUUGCACAUUUUUUAUAGACUAAGCCAAGAAAAUCAAGUGUUCAAUGACCAAAGUAUUGAUUUAAGUUCGUCGCAUUUGCGAGAGGGAUUGAAUGACAAACAAAGGAAUUUUUUUUUUACCCAGUCUUUGAUUAUUUAUUACUACUCUGAACUCAAACAACUCAUUUUUAAUAAAACGAAAAUUUGUUUUGAAGAAAGCAAAA